AUGCAAGGAGGAGAGAGAAGUGGUGUUCCCAAUUAUGAGCUUCAAGUUCCAUUCACCAACAUCACCACACCUUCAACCACAACCGCCACAACAAAAAAUUGGCAUAACAAGCAGGUGGGAACUCUGGAUCCAAAGGCUGUGAAUGAUGAAAAUUGCACUGGAAAUUCUAGUGAAGGCAACAAUAAUAUUACAUGGUGGAAGAGUAGUGCAGCCACAGAGAAGAACAAGGUGAAAAUGAGAAGGAAACUAAGAGAGCCAAGGUUUUGUUUCCAAACAAGAAGUGAUGUUGAUGUUCUUGAUGAUGGUUAUAAAUGGAGGAAAUAUGGCCAAAAAGUUGUCAAGAAUAGCCUUCAUCCAAGGAGUUAUUACAGGUGUACACAUAGCAACUGCAGGGUGAAGAAGAGAGUUGAAAGACUCUCAGAAGAUUGUAGAAUGGUGAUAACCACUUAUGAAGGUAGACACAAUCACAUCCCUUCCGAUGACUCAAAUUCUUCAGACCAUGAAUGUUUCACUUCUUUUUAAUAAUAUUUUCCUUCAUAUAAUUGAAGAGACAUGGGAAACAGAAAAUUUGUCCACAAAUCUUUUGUUAUGAUUAAGAAACAGAUUUCUAUGUAUUUAUUGUCAUUUGUUAAUGCUUAAAUCUGCAUUCAUAUAUGAACUACUCCAUCUACGUAUCA